GUCUCGGUUGAGAAGAGUGCGCGUUUGUGAGUACAGUAUAGCGUCGCUUUGCCUGUGGAGCGCCCCGCCCACCCCGAGACCGGAAGUGCCCGCGAGGGCCGCCUGAGGGACUGCGGGCGGGCCGGUUGAUGGAGGCUGCGAGCGGGCUUGGCUCGGGGCGGGAUGCUGUCGCUGGGGCUGCUCUGGCGGGCGCUCUCUAGCGGGGGGCAUGAGGCCCGGGAGAAGGAGGACGACCACCAGGCCCACCACCGGCCCGAGGCCCCGAGCAGAACCGCCGCCGACGCUGCCAUGGAGCAGGAGCAGGAGCGGGCCCUGGAGGUCUACGGUCAGUGGCUCCCCAGCCCCGUCCCUAUCCAGGCUUCACGGGGCGGGAGGUCUUUCGCGUCCCAGGACCCGGCUUGCCUCGCAGUUGGAGGAGGGGGUGUUUAAAAAGAAAACCCGAAACCUUGAAGGAGUGUACGAAGAGAAGAAAGCAGUAAGAUAAAAAUUAAAAACAAAAAACCCCAAAGCAGCUCUGUAAAUCAUUCAACACAUAAAAUCAACAAUAAACCGAGAACAGUUUAAACUUACGCACCUCCUCUCGUCUGAAACUACAAGGUGCUAAAAAUGCAUUGAGACUGCAGCACAAACUAAACCAGCAGCCAAGUGUGUCAGAGUGCGCACUUUAAAAUGUACAAAUUUUAAUUUCUAAUUUUUACGAGAACUUACUUCUACAGCCCGCUGUCACUAAUGACUAGCCAGGGGAAAUAAAUGCGUUUUUAGCAGAGGCCCAAUUGAUUCUGGAGUUGGCACUUGCCUGUAUGUCCCUGAAGGGAGUGGAUUCCAGAGAGAGGGGGCUGCUACCCAAAAGGCCUUCUUCCCCUUGCUUAGGACCCAUGGGAUCUGUGGGCACAGCCAGGAGGGCCUCACCAGACAGUCCUGUCUUCCAGACAGGGAGAUAGGGAAGAAAGCAAUCCUUCAGGUACUUGUUUAGGGUAUUAUAAGUUGGAACUUAACCCUGAUCCAGUAAUUUAAUGGCAGCUAGCAUGAGGCUCUUUUAAGCACACUGUAACAUGCGUGACAACAGUAUGCCAGCUAAUACAUUUUGUGUUGGCUUUAACUUCAAGGUCACUCUUAAGGGUAGCCCCACAUAGAGUUUAUUGCAGUGGAUCCUAAACUUUUGGGGGGGCCACUGCGCUCUUGGUUCCAUAAACUCAUUCCCACUGCCCUUAGCCUUCCCAAUAAAUAGCAUGAUUCAUAAUGGUGGUUUGCAUGACCCAUGAAGGAAGAUAAUAACAAUCAAAUUCCAAAUUGUAACAAUUUCACAUAUAUUCAAAAUCCAAUUUUAGUUCAAAUUAGUUAACAAUAAACAAUUAAUUUAGUUUAAUUAAUUUUAAAAUAGUUUUAGUUUAAUGAAUUCAACAAAGCUGUUGAACUUGAUCCAGUGAUACCAGCUUUUCAAAGUCUGAUAGUCAUUUACAUUUCCAGCCCCAUUGCCUGUUAUCUCCCCCCACUCAGGUAAUCCCUUGCCCAGGUUUAUUGCAAUAGUUCCUUUCUUGAGGAUAACAAUGCAUGAGUCACAAGAUGCAUGAGUGGCAAGAUUAUUUCCAAACCAGAAGAGACAAAAAAAUAUCCAAAUACACUCCACACAUGCUUUGCAGGCUCCCUGGUCAUGAAGCAAUGAGCCUCAAAACACAUUUCAUUUGUUGUUUUUAUCAUUUGUCAUUUGAAAUGUCGCUUGCAACCUUUGUUCCUCCUAAAGGCCGAGAGGGACCGGAUUGUGAAGAGUCCUGGCAAGGCUGGCAUCAAACUCCCUUUUAUGUCAUAAGCAAGUGGAUUUUCAGCUGACUCCAGGCCUAGAGUUUGACCACUCAACCUUUCCCCCAUAAUUAGACACUUGUGAUCUGUUUGUUUCUGCUUAGAUAUAAUUCGAACUAUCCGGGACCCAGAGAAGCCAAACACUUUAGAAGAACUAGACGUGGUAACAGAAAGCUGUGUUGAAGUGCACGAAAUUGGGGAAGAUGAAUAUUUGGUCACAAUCAGGUUUACACCAACGGUACCUCAUUGCUCUUUGGCCACUCUCAUAGGUAAGAUCUGGGGGAAGGGGGUUCUUUGAGCAAUUUGUGAAGUUGCCGGUUUCAUGACGUUAAGUAAACAAAGAUGUUGGAAAGCCAAAUAAAGGGACACUCAGUUCUUCUGGAAGCAUUUCUGGAUUUGUGCAUUGAAACUCUGCAGCAGCAUUGUGAAUUAUUAAAUAUGAAUGGGUUGAAGGACCUUUCAUGCUGAAAAAUGUUUCUUUUUGGGAUAGGCUUCUUUGGAACCAAUUUAACCUUAAAACUGCAUCCCUGUGUAAAGCUCAACACAUUAUUGUCCUGAUCCCAAUCAGAGCUCAUGCCCUGGCAGUGUGUGGUGCGAAACUCUUCAGUCUUUCACAGCUUAUUACCAAAUUGUAAAGCAGUUCUGUGCUUGAAAGCAGAAUAGAUGCUGCUCACUUCAUUUCCCAGCCUUUUUCACAGUUUAGAUGAGGCAACACUUCCUAUCUUUAGAGCAAGAUACACUGAGAACCAAGGCCAGCUCUCCCUCACAUGUUUAUAAAACUGAAUUACAGUACAGAUGGUUGAGCAAUACGUUUUGCUGCAUGACCACAUGCCACCAACUCUUUUGGUAGAAAGAUAAUGGAAGGGUAGUGCUUGAAAAGAAAAAUGACAUCUUUUUUCUUUAAAAUGCAGGACUGUGUUUGAGGAUCAAGCUGCAGAGAUGUUUGCCUUUUAAACACAAGGUACGCAAUUUGUACAAUUUUGUUUGUAUUUCUAAAAAUAUACUGCAGCUGACUCUCCAGAAAUGCAUGUUUAGAGGGCUUUAUCUGGCCACACAUUCCACUUCCAACUCCCCCCCCAAAUGUUUUGCAUGUUUGCUUGUAUGGGGAAUUUCAAGUGGUGGUGUUAUCUGUCGCUCACGCAAAAUGUGGUCUUAGAAGAGGACUAUGAAAUGAAGAACCCAGAGUUCUUCUGUUGGCAGGAUUUCCAGAGGGAUUGCAACCAUGCUAGUCUCUUGCAGGAAGAACAACACAGAUUUUUGUGACUAACACAUUUAUUGUUGCAUAAGCUUUCACUCACUGCAGUCUACUUCAUCAGGUACACUUCAUGCAUCUGGUGAAGUGGUUUGUAGUCUACCAAAGUUUAAGUCAUAAUAAAUUUGUACAAGAAUCAUAUAAUUUUAGAGUUGUAAGGUACCCAAAGGGUCAUCUAGUCCAACCCCUUGCAGGGCAGGAAUCACCGCUAAUCACAGUCUUUAAGGUACCAUAAGAUUCUCAGGAGACUGUAUCAUGUACACAGCUUUGGCAGGCGUGUGAGAACUGCCAGAUUGUAAGAGGCCAUGCUUCCUUACCAUAUAACAAACCCCUGAGUGGAUGUGGAGAUUGCGUUGCAGAGAAAAAGAGAGACCUUUCAUAUUGCAAACACAAGUGAGACUUGCCCAUUACAGUGGAUCCUCGGGUUACGUUACUUUUGGGUAACAUAACUUUCAGGUUGCGAAUGCAGCAAACCUGGAAGCAUAUUCUUCCGGGUUUCACCACGCGCGCAUGCGCAGAGGUGUUCUGCGCGCCUUGCGCAUGCGCAGAAACAGUAUAUCACGCUGCAUGCAUUUGCAGAAGCGGCAGCUCUACUUGCAGAUUUUUCGGGGUACAGAUGGACCCCUGGAACAAAUUACAUUCGUAUCCAGAGGGUCCACUGUAUAGCAAGCCAUCGAAACAGUGUUGUAUAUUCUGUGCAGAUGCAUACCUGUGCUAUAAAAACAUAUUAAGCAGUCAUUUUCUCUCUCAUGUAGUUGGAAAUCUACAUUUCAGAGGGAGCGCAUUCCACGGAGGAGGACAGUAAGUAUGUCUUCAGCUUGCGUUGGGGAAUAAAGCAGCCACUUGAUAUACAUCACCAAGUGUGUGUGUGUUGAAUUUUCCUGUUGAGCAUGUCUUAAAUCCUCUUGUGUGGCAGUCAGGCUGGGAGGGCCUGGCACCCAGCACCAUAGGAAGUGAUGCAUAUGAGCUAACCACGCUGGAACACAUUAGCUUCUGCUUUCAUACUUGUUUGCAAUAUCUCUUGCAAUCUUAGCAUUGCAUGACUUCUCUAUUUAUUUAUCAUAUGCCCAAAGGUUCUAGGGUGGAAAUACAUAAAAUUAAAAAACAAAGUUAAAAACAAUAUUGUUGAAACUGGCCAACAUAAAUUCCCUACAAGCAGAAGCAAUUAAAAAAAAUCAAAUGUACCGUUCCCACAGGAGACACCAAACUAGAUGGCUCUAAAAAAGAAUUAGAUAAAUUUACAGAGGAGAGCUGCCUUUAUGGGUCAGAGGCAGCACUGCUUCUGAAUAUCAGUUGUUGGAAACCACAGGAGUGGAGAGAUACUCAGAUCCUGCUUGCAGGUUUCCCACAACAGGCAUCUGGUUGGCCACUUCUAAUGUUCUUAAUAAGAUCUAAACGUUGCAGGCAUUGGACAGCAGAUUGUGGGAGGCAUUCACUGAGCUCUGAUCCUUGACAAAUCUGUGUGUGUCUCUGUAGGACUUGCAUCUUCGUGUGCGCACACACCGUGUGUGUGUGUGUGUGUGUGUGUGUGUUUUGCGAUAUUCUAGUGCAUUUCUGUUGGUCAUUAACCAAAGACUUCUUGUUUGUUUUUCGUCGUGCUACAGUUAACAAGCAGAUAAAUGACAAAGAGAGAGUCGCCGCUGCAAUGGAGAAUCCUCACUUGCGGGAGAUUGUGGAGCAGUGUGUUCUGGAUCCAGACUAGCAACCUUGACAGCAGCUCCUGUUGACUUGGAAUCUUUCUGGCACUUUGGUGUUCAUGUCUUUUUUGGGUGGGGAAUGGAGGCCUUGAAUUUGAUACUGGACAGUUCUUUGUACCUCCUGUAUAUUUUUAAUAAAUUAUUUUAUAAAAAAAUAUCCAUUUAAUUUACAAAGGAGAGUGAGCCAUGUAUAGUCUUAGAUUAAUUUUGAAGGAUUGUGAGAAGUUCAUAAUUAAAAAAAAUUAUUAUGAAACCAUUCUGUUGACACCUCAUGAAUAUACAUUGUAAUUUUUUAAAAAAACAACAACUGAUUUUGAAGAUUGAAUUUUACACAUUGUUAUGAUGGAAUGUGUUUGAUUAGCUGUCAGUGUGAGAGAUAAAUAAAGUACAGAGUUUUAGAAACAGAAGUUGUCUUCAAUAUGAAAACUUCCCUAUAAGUUUUUUUAAUGGUGUAAACCAAAGUAGAUUAAAAAAGAUAUAUUUAACUAGGCAUUUCUGAAGACAGGUAAAAAUAAUGUGGUGGCUGCAACCUUGUAGAUAUUUACUAGACAGCAAAGUACCACGGUAGCCUGUAGAACUUACAUAAACUCAGAAGUAAGUUCUGCAGGCUUCAGUGGUACUUUACUGUCUAGGGUUGGAUUGCCAAUGAGUUUGUUCUGUUUAAUUAAGUUUGAUCAAGUUCAGGUUGUUGCCAACUUGCAAAAAGAAAGUGGUUCAUUCAGAAUUUUCUAACAACACCUUGCAAUGUGAAAUUUCUUGGCUGGUAAAUUGCUUUUCUUCCUGUAUCAAUAACAAACUUGUCUUUUUAUUUAUUACAGCAGCAUCAACAAGUGCACAUAAAAGUGGCUCAUGAAGUCAUGCAAAAUAAGAAUUAAUGUAAAAAAUUAAAUGCCAUUUGAAACAUGAAAAAGAGGCAUUAAUUAAAGGCGUGAUGGGGAAAGGACCAAGAUAACUCUUAAUGAGGAAUUCUGAUGCACACUGAGAACUUUUGGAAAGUUUUUGUAGAAAUUUUCUGAAGUAAAGCUCUUUUCAAUAUUCAAUUUUGCUAGAAUUUAACCAGUUAAAAAGAACCUUCAUUUCCCUAGAGCUGUUCUAAGGAAUAAGAGUUAAAUAUUUCCUUCAACUUUAAGCUGUAAGUAAUAGUUGCUUUUUUAUAUGCCUGUUGUCUUUGUCCAUCGAGUUUUCUUGGCAGGGAUACUGGAGUGACUUGCCAGUUCCUGCUCCAGGUGGAUCACAUUUGGUCAAAACUCUCCACUAUGACCUGUCCAUCUUGGGUAGCCCUGCACGGCAUAGCUCAUAGCUUCUCUGAGUUAGAGAAGACUCCCUGGAAAAGAUCCUGAUGCUGGGAAAGAUUGAGGGCACAAGGAGAAGGGGACAACAGAGGACGAGAUGAUUGGACAGUGUUCUCAAAGCUACCAGCAUGAGUUUGACCAAACUGCAGGAGGCAGUGGAAGACAGAAGUGUCUGGCGUGCUCUGGUCCAUGGGGUCACGAAGGGUCGGACACGACUAAACAACAAUAAUAGCUGCUUUUCAUCUUGGAACGAAAGGAAGAUAGUCAUAGUGGUGCAAUAAAGGACAAUCUUUUUACUAGAAUGUAGUACUGUAAUGCUCUCUGAAUUCUGCUUCGUGCCUUCUGUUCUUGACAGUGUCCUGUUAUGCCAGAAGUGGUUUAGUCAUGCUGGGCACAUGACCCAGAAAGGUGUCCCUUGGCCUAAAAGCGAGAUGAACACUGCACCCCAUAGUCGCCUUUGACUGGACUUAACCAUCCAGGGGUCUUUUAUCUUUUACCCAGGCUCUUAUAGUCAGGUGGGGUGGGGGAGCCUCAGACUGUGUCUUCCUCCCAUCUCUCAGCCAAGUUGGCGCUGCAGCUGUCAACCACAGAAGCCUUGCUGUACCAAGGCAAGAUUUUUGUGACCAGUACCUGUUGGAAGGAGAAAUCCCCAUACUGUAAAAACUGUCUUUGCUGUUGUUCUGGUGCUGUUCCUCGUAAAGCCAGUAGAUGACACUCCUGUACUAAUUAACACUUCCUGUGAGCGAUUCCAGCCUCGUGCUUCUCUGUGUGUCUAUAGAGGGGGGCUGGGGAGCCUUUCUCAGCCCCAGAGACACAUUUGCUUGCGGCUUACCAUCUGCCGGGGCCAGACACAAAACUGGGCAAUGGAUGCGACACUUGCCUUUGUACAGCAGACAGCUUUCCAGCCUCGCAGAAAGAAGCCAGAGGUUUCUCCACCCACUCCUCUCUCCUCCAUCCAGGCAAGCAAGAGGCAGGAUCGUAGUUCAAGGACACUUUCCAGCCAAACAGAAGCACUCCAGAAGGCCGUAGAGCAGGGCUGGCGAGUGCCAUGGCCUGAGGAGGGUCCCAAGGGCCAGAUACAAAGGUCUGGGGGGCCACUUCCAAACCCCAAGCCUCCACCUUGUUAGUAAUACAGCUGACCUCCUCACACUCAGGCACAAUAGUUCAGCUGUGAAUUGCUUUGGCUUUUCCCGCUAUCAUUUACACUUUCAUCUCCUGCCUUUCUUGGAAAGAGGUGUACCUCGUUCUCCCCACCUCCCCAUUUUAUCUUCACAACAGCUCUGUGAGGUAGGUUAAGCUGAGAGGCAGUGACUGGCCCAUGGUCACCCUGUGAGCUUCAUUGACUGAGUGGGGAUGGGAUUUGAAUCCAGGUCUCUCCCACUAACCCCGGCCUAUACCACCCUGGGCAUUGUCAGAGAUGGCAACUAUCCCUGUUUGGGUAUCUGGGGGCUGCAUUUCAUCUCAUCCCCGAAAUCCAGAGGUAACUUGGAAUGUUCUCCAGCUAGUAACAUGAAGGCAAGGAGUUGCCACUGAAGUUUCAGUUAACUGCAUGUGCAAUUAAAAUAAUUAGCAACCCACCCAUCCUGCACACAUUUAUUGUGCCACCAAUGACAUCCUAGCAGCUUCAUGAGCUGAAUGUGAGUUGGGUCCAAAGUAUGCAAGUAUCCAGUUAUAUGAUGGUCUUCGGUUGGAGGGUGUCUCCUUUGGGGGGGAUGCUUUUUUGUCUGUCAUAGCUGAUUGGAAGGUGUGUUUUACCUGUAGAUUGGGGUGAGAUGAUGAACUACCAGUUUUCCUUAUGUGAUUUUUUGUAAAAAAAAAAUUACAUUUUCAAUGUUUACAUUUCAAAAUAAACAUUUUACAUACUUUUGAAUAUCCAGUGACUUUCCUCCUUCUCCUUCCAUGGUUCAUUUUACAUAUUUUACUAUAACUAUUUAGGUCAGUUCUCCACUUUAUCAUCACAAAUCGAUUACACUGCUGAUUUUAUCUUAAUGCUGUGUACAGUUAUUUUCCAUAAAGUCAAUAAAUAUUUUUCACUCUUCUUU